AUGACAGAAGAACCGGUUUACAAUAUCAUACAAACAUGGCGCGCAAAGGAGCCACAACCGGCCAAAGGAGGACUCUACAUGCCAAACAUGAUAGACGAGGGAAAUCCAACCACAAUUCAAUCCAGGAGGGAUAGAAAAACAGUUCGGUCGAAGCAGAACUCAAUUGGCCCGAGUAAAAAAGGAGAUAUCACAUUCACAAUCACUCUCUCGGCCAGAAUCGACGACCAAGCGACAAUGCUCGACCAUCUCCCAAACGGCACGACCGAAGUCCACCAAACUUCACAGGCGACCUCAAAACAUCAUUGUGGUCGGCAAAUCCAAAAGAUAGGACGCGAAAAAGUGCCUGCUCAGAGAGAUAGACGAGGAAGCUCAAUGCGGCCAACGGCGAUGCAUAGAAUGGCCGAGAACUCAAAACCUCAAAAAGGCGCGAACACCGGUGGAAACUGA